GGUCAUUCUAGUUCACAAAAAAGAAUGAAGAGAGAGAAGCUCUUCCAUCUCUCUAAAAAAUCAGUUAAUUCCUGAAUCCGUUCAUGGGAUUCCGGCAACCUCACCACCGGCAAAAGCUUCUCUUCAAUGACAAUACACAAUACUCAGUGGAAACCACUGGCAAUCCAAACCAAGAACUCUGGAAUCAUCACUCCCACACCAGGCUCUUGAGCGGCAGAGGCACAAGGAAAGGUUCGCUUCCUUCCAAACCAGGUAUCUCUUUGAAUCAAUACUAUGAGCCACAAAUCUCGAACACCACCAGGCAACGCCCAAAUCGAAGGAUUUGGUCACCUGAGUAUCCGGCCAACUAUUACACUUUAGAGCCGGUUUACUGGAACGGCACCAGGGCUUACCUACACAAUUUCUGGUCUCCUGAGUAUCACACCAGGCAACACCCAUUACGCAGAAGCAGGACUCCUGCGUAUCACACAAGGGCUUACACAAAUGACCUUUGGAAUCCCCCAGCCCGUCCAGAAGCUCGAAAAAACUCCAUAUGGGACCGAGGUUACGCUCAUCAGCGUCAACUGGUCCGGCAUCCCAAUCAUCACCCCCCAAUCCAAACAAAGAAAUCUGAAGACGGUUGGCGUUUGGUCAAAUACAGGGGACGACGAAACCCAAAAUACCCACCUCAGACUCUACAGGCACCCUCGCAACCCGAUUCAAAGAACAAAAGGGGAACAGGUAGUGCUAAUCGCUACCGGAGUUUAAGAAUCGAAGAUGAAAACCCCUACGCCCAAUCAUCAGAAUCUGAGGUCGAAUCAGACUCUACGCCUAGUAUCUUUGAUAGUCAGACAUUUAGAGGGAUAUCAAAUAUUAUCAAUGAGCGACGAACCAAGAGCGAAGGCAGAAAUUUAUCUGUAGCAGACCGUGGUGGCCAAAGACGAAGACCGGAAAAUUCGUCGGUGCCUCCGUUUUGCUCAACUACAGGACUCGCGGCUAUCAAGCCUGCAACCGACAACCUGUCAGCGGAUAACAUUCAAUCGACUGGCAAAUCCAAGCUCACAUGGGCUGAUGUCCUCAAGGGCGCUAAGGACAAAAUGGACAAGACGGACGGCCCUGAAAUUGUCUCAAAUAAAGGCCCUCUAUCGAUUGCGAUAAGUUCAAGCCAGCUGGCAGGAAUUUUGCAAUCUGUGGACCGAGCAAGUACAUCUGGUUUAGAAAAAAUAUGUAGCAAGGAAUUGGCCACGACGUAUGUAAACGACGAAUUUACAGAUGACCUGCUCAAUGAAAGCCAGAAAUACUCCUUUUUUGGUGAAUCUGGGUUUGACUCGGUCAAAAUUGGAAAUACAUCUUUUAAAUUUGCAGUUCGAGAUACGGAUUUGGUCCUCUUUCAACUUAAAAAAUCUAUCCUCCAUAAAAUUCACAUCAAAAUUGAUCUUGUCUCAGAAAUCAUUGGAUUCAUCUCCCAGAUCGCAAAUACUGUUCCAAAAAAUUUUGGGACCAAAAAAAGAUUUGAAGAUAUCACAAUUUCCGUGAAAAUUAGUAGAGCGGGUUCAUAUGUAAGAAUGGAGAAAUACAAGGGGAGCUUCAUUCAGAUACCCAUGGGACAUCAUAACUCAAGCCUGUAUAUUUUCCUUAAUAUUCUUACUAAUUUUGUAGGGAUCUCAAAGACAGUGCCAGACGACUCAAUAUCUCUUCUACACGGGAAUGAACAACAAACCGAGGACCCCACAUCCAUAUCUAAACUGAUUUUCAACUAUCAGAUCCAAACGGGAGAUACUAAAAAUACACAUGCCAUCAACUUUGGAAAACAACCCGAGCUACCAUUGAUCCAGGCAUAUUCAGAUGCAUCUGACGAUUUUGAUUAUUCAGACGAUUCACUCUUUACAGAUGACUUCUUGGGACACGCAACUGAGAGCGAUCGUCGUCCUCCUAUCUCAUACCCAGAAGAAAUUCGGAAAUCCAAGUUCAAUACUGCUAUCUGCCAUAAAGCUAAUUUCAUAACCUCUGAAAAUUGCUUGCCAACCGAAAACUUGAACACGCAGCUAAAAAUCUACAGGAAAUCUCAAAAAAACAAAAGACGGCACAGCAUGAAAACUAGGUCCCAAACCAGAGAUUUUCCAUGGGAUUAGCUUCUUCCUUUUUUCUUCCUUUUGUACUACUUCUCAUUUAUUUUAGCACUUCUUUCUUUCAUGUACUUUUUUUCCCUUUCACGCAUUGUACUCUUAAUUUUAUAUCAAUAAAAUUUCCCUUUUCAAAAAAAAAAAAAAAAAAAAAAAAAAAAAAAAAAAAAAAAAAAAAAAAAAAACUUUUCAGGCACGAAAUAAAAAAAGCCUAAAUGACUUUUGGCGGACAGAAGGAACAUAUUGGAAUUACAUAAUGCCCCUGAUUUGCCGUCAAAGAUUGAAACUGGGCAUUUGACUUGAAUGAAGACGUGUCAAUUUACAUAGGCUGAUUAAAAUUAAUUCAAUAUUUCUACCCGUUUGCCCAAACCGUCGACGCAAGCUGUCCUAACCGCCGGCAUCCCCGUGUCCCGCUUCCCCUCUUCUUCACAGCACAUUUAUACUUUGAAUGUGGCCUCAAAAAGGGCAACCAGAUUACCAGAGCUAAGUCACGGGAAGUCGGAGAAAGGAAAAAACAGAGUGCGAAAACUGUGAAGAUGAAAAAGAAAGGUCUGGACGGAGAAGUUAUGGACGGGUCAGAUAUAAUAGAGUUAGUUGGGAACGAAGAGGUGUUUACGAGCUUUGUCGAUCACAAGUUCCAAGAACUCGACAAAGACUGCGACGGCCAGCUCUCCGUCAAGGAACUCCAGCCCGCCGUCGCCGACAUUGGUGCUGCUAUUGGGUUGCCUGCAAUCGGCUCUUCUCCCCACUCUGAUCAUAUUUACUCUGAGGUUCUUAAUGAAUUCACACAUGGAAAACAAGAGAAAGUAAGUAAGAGUGAGUUCAAAGAGGUUCUUGGAGAUAUUCUACUAGGCAUGGCUACUGGUUUAAAGAGGGACCCUAUUGUAAUUCUUCGCAUCGACGGUGAAGAUCUGCUAGAGUUUUUAAACAAUCCAUCUUUUGAGACAGACAUGGUUUCUAUAUUCUCUGAGAUAGAACUGCAUGGUGGCUCCCUGAAACAAUACAUUGUGAGUGCAUUCAAGAAACUGACAGUCGAUCGUGGCGUGCCUCCUACCUCGGAUUCUUGGGUAAUGGGCAACAUUGUGGAACCAGCUGUGGGACCAUGCAGUACUACAGUCAACGAACCGGUUACAAAAGACGCUUUCAUGGUUGAAUUUAAGAAGGUGGCAGAGAAUGUUGCUCAACGUCUGAAGGAACAUCCAGUAAUUGUUGCUCAUACUGAGAACACCUUUGAUGGAAGUGGCAUUAAGAAGUUGUUGUCCAACAAAUAUGAACUUGAUAAGACUCUGGAUUCUUCUAUUCAAAAUGUGCCUAAAGAUCGUCAUGGGAAAAUGUCAAAGAAAUACCUCCGUGUGACACUUGAUCUGCUGGCUCCUGCAGCUGGCCUGCCUCCCAUCGGUGCUGUUGAUGAGAUGGACAAGGUAAUUGAUGAAACACUGAAGAUGUUGGAUGGUGAUGAUGGGAAAAUGGUAAAAGAGGAGGAGUUCAAGAAAGUGUUAAGGGAGAUACUGGGUGGUUUGAUGAUGCGUUUGGAAGGGAAUGCUGUUUCAGUGUCCACUAACUCCGUUGUGCACGAACCCAUUGCUUCGGCCUCCACUCUGUUGGAUCCACCUUCCCCAUGAUAUGCUGAAAUCUGAUGAGAUCAAUGUAUGUGUUGGUAGGAGGGAAUAAUAACAGUUUCACAUAAUGUGCUGAUAUAGAAGCCACUCAGUUACUACUACUUACCUAAUACCUUCUGAAUUUUUUGUAAGGCUAAAGGGUCAAAUAGGUACAUGAACUAACUUAAAGUGUUCAAUUAGCCCCUUAUAUAGGAGGUUCUGCCCGGCCGUCGCCAAUUGGGGCGUUUCCCGGUGGAAUUUUUUGAUGAAAUUUUUUGAGCAUCUUCUUCAUUAAGUCUAGUUUAUCCAUACCAAAUUUCAGCUAAAAAUUCAACCGGGAAGGCAGUCAAAUGAUUUUUUGAAGAUAACUGCGCAGGUAAACAACACAGUACAUUUUGAAAAAUCAUUUGACUGCCUUCCCGAUUUAAUUUUUAGCUGAAAUUUGAUAUGAGUAAACUAGACUUAAUAAUGAAGAAGAUGCUCAAAAAUUUUCAUCAAAAAAUUCCACCGAGAACCGCCCCAAUUGGCGACGGCCAGACAGAACCUCCUAUAUAAGGGGCUAAUUGAACACUUUAAGUUAGUUCAUGUACCUAUUUGACCCUUUAGCCUUUUUGUAAAUAUGACUACUAUUGUGUAUUUCCCUGUCUAUUGAUGGUUUCUUGGGAGUUAUAUCACUUGUUGAAACUGUGAGAGGCCUUCUUGCAUUGGUUGAAACUAAGUGUAUGACCUGCUUUCUGGUUUAUUAC